AGAAGCGCCGAGAGCGCGGCCGGGACGGUUGGAGAAGAAGGCGGCUCCCGGAAGGGGGAGAGACAAACUGCCGUAACUUCUGCCGUUCAGGAGCCCGGUUACUUAUUUAUUCAUUACCCCUUUUCCUCCUUCUCCCCCCACCCCCAAAACCUUCUCCUUUCCCCGCUCUUUUUUUUUUUUCUUCUUGGGAACUGAAAAACCUCCGCCAAGGGGUGGAAAGGUUCCUUUCGCUCCUCCUUUCGUUUCUCCGUCUCCUUCCCUUCCCCCCUUCCCUUCUCGGGCCUUUUCCUCCCAGCUUGGGGAGGUCCUUCCCGCUGGCCGCCCCGACGGGAUCUGAGUACCUAGGCGGAGGUGGCGCAGGCUUUUUGUAGCGAGGUUUGCGCCUGCGCACCACGCCCGCCUCACCAUGCACGGGGGUGGCCCCCCCUCCGGGGACAGCGCAUGCCCGCUGCGCACCAUCAAGAGAGUGCAGUUCGGAGUCCUGAGUCCAGACGAGCUGAAACGGAUGUCUGUGACAGAGGGUGGUAUAAAAUAUCCAGAAACCACCGAGGGAGGCCGUCCCAAGCUUGGGGGGCUGAUGGAUCCCAGGCAAGGAGUGAUUGAGCGGACUGGUCGCUGCCAGACAUGUGCAGGAAACAUGACAGAGUGUCCUGGCCACUUUGGCCACAUUGAACUGGCCAAGCCUGUAUUUCAUGUGGGGUUUCUGGUGAAAACAAUGAAGGUCUUACGCUGUGUCUGCUUCUUCUGCUCCAAACUGCUUGUGGACUCGAACAAUCCUAAAAUCAAGGACAUUCUGGCCAAGUCCAAGGGACAGCCCAAGAAGCGACUCACACAUGUGUAUGACCUUUGCAAGGGCAAAAACAUCUGCGAGGGCGGGGAGGAGAUGGACAACAAAUUCGGUGUGGAACAGCCUGAGGGCGAUGAGGAUCUGACCAAAGAGAAGGGCCAUGGUGGCUGUGGGCGGUACCAGCCCCGAAUUCGGCGCUCAGGACUGGAGCUGUAUGCUGAAUGGAAGCAUGUUAAUGAAGACUCCCAGGAGAAGAAGAUCUUGCUGAGUCCAGAGCGAGUGCAUGAGAUCUUCAAGCGCAUCUCAGAUGAAGAGUGUUUUGUGCUAGGCAUGGAGCCCCGCUAUGCCCGGCCUGAAUGGAUGAUUGUCACAGUGUUGCCAGUGCCCCCUCUUUCAGUGCGGCCUGCUGUAGUGAUGCAGGGCUCUGCUCGAAACCAGGAUGACUUGACUCACAAACUGGCUGACAUUGUGAAGAUCAACAAUCAGCUGCGACGCAAUGAGCAGAACGGUGCGGCUGCCCAUGUCAUCGCAGAGGACGUGAAGCUCCUCCAGUUCCAUGUGGCCACCAUGGUGGACAAUGAGCUGCCCGGCUUGCCCCGCGCCAUGCAGAAGUCUGGACGUCCCCUCAAAUCCUUGAAGCAGCGUCUAAAGGGCAAGGAAGGCCGGGUGCGAGGGAACCUGAUGGGCAAGCGAGUGGACUUCUCAGCCCGCACUGUCAUCACUCCCGAUCCCAACUUGUCCAUUGACCAGGUUGGCGUGCCUCGCUCCAUUGCUGCCAACAUGACCUUUGCAGAGAUCGUCACCCCCUUCAACAUCGACAGACUACAGGAGCUGGUACGCAGGGGGAACAGCCAGUACCCAGGAGCCAAGUAUAUCAUCCGAGACAAUGGCGAUCGAAUUGACCUGCGUUUCCACCCCAAACCCAGUGACCUUCACCUGCAGACAGGCUAUAAGGUGGAACGGCACAUGUGUGAUGGAGACAUUGUUAUCUUCAAUCGUCAGCCAACUUUGCAUAAAAUGUCCAUGAUGGGGCAUCGGGUUCGCAUCCUUCCCUGGUCUACUUUUCGUCUGAAUCUUAGUGUGACAACUCCAUACAAUGCAGACUUUGAUGGAGAUGAGAUGAACUUGCACCUGCCACAGUCUUUGGAGACUAGAGCAGAGAUCCAGGAAUUAGCCAUGGUGCCUCGAAUGAUUGUCACACCCCAAAGCAAUCGACCAGUCAUGGGUAUUGUGCAGGACACACUCACCGCAGUACGCAAAUUCACAAAGAGAGACGUCUUUUUGGAGCGGGGUGAAGUGAUGAACCUUCUAAUGUUUCUGUCUACAUGGGAUGGGAAGGUUCCACAGCCAGCCAUCCUUAAGCCCCGGCCCCUAUGGACCGGCAAACAGAUCUUCUCCCUCAUCAUACCUGGCCACAUCAAUUGUAUCCGUACCCACAGCACCCAUCCUGAUGACGAAGACAGUGGCCCUUAUAAACACAUCUCUCCUGGGGACACGAAGGUAGUGGUGGAGAAUGGGGAGCUGAUCAUGGGCAUUCUAUGUAAGAAGUCUCUUGGUACCUCAGCUGGCUCCCUGGUCCACAUUUCCUACCUUGAGAUGGGUCAUGACACCACUCGCCUCUUCUACUCCAACAUUCAAACUGUCAUUAACAACUGGCUCCUCAUUGAAGGUCAUACCAUUGGCAUUGGGGACUCUAUUGCUGAUUCUAAGACUUACCAAGACAUUCAGAACACUAUUAAGAAGGCUAAACAGGAUGUAAUAGAGGUCAUUGAAAAGGCUCAUAACAAUGAGCUGGAGCCCACUCCAGGGAAUACCCUGCGUCAGACAUUUGAGAAUCAGGUGAAUCGCAUUCUCAACGAUGCCCGAGACAAAACUGGCUCCUCGGCCCAGAAAUCUCUGUCUGAAUAUAACAACUUUAAGUCUAUGGUGGUGUCUGGUGCUAAAGGAUCCAAGAUCAACAUCUCCCAGGUCAUUGCUGUCGUGGGGCAGCAGAAUGUGGAGGGCAAACGGAUCCCCUUUGGAUUCAAGCACCGAACUCUGCCUCACUUCAUCAAGGAUGAUUAUGGGCCUGAGAGCCGUGGCUUUGUGGAGAACUCAUACUUGGCUGGCCUCACGCCCACUGAGUUCUUCUUCCAUGCCAUGGGAGGCCGUGAGGGUCUCAUCGACACAGCUGUCAAGACUGCAGAGACUGGCUAUAUCCAGCGGCGACUCAUCAAGUCCAUGGAGUCUGUGAUGGUAAAAUACGAUGCAACUGUGAGGAACUCCAUCAACCAAGUGGUGCAGCUGCGCUAUGGCGAGGAUGGUUUGGCAGGCGAGAGUGUUGAGUUCCAGAACCUGGCCACGCUUAAGCCUUCUAACAAGGCUUUUGAGAAGAAGUUCCGCUUUGAUUAUACCAAUGAAAGGGCCCUGCGGCGCACUCUGCAGGAGGAUUUGGUAAAGGAUGUGCUGAGCAAUGCACAUAUACAGAAUGAGCUGGAGCGAGAAUUUGAGCGGAUGCGGGAGGAUCGAGAAGUGCUCAGGGUUAUCUUCCCAACUGGUGACAGCAAGGUUGUCCUUCCCUGUAACCUCUUACGCAUGAUCUGGAAUGCUCAGAAAAUCUUCCACAUCAACCCUCGUCUUCCCUCUGACCUUCACCCCAUCAAAGUGGUGGAGGGAGUUAAGGAAUUGAGCAAGAAGCUAGUGAUUGUGAAUGGGGAUGACCCACUAAGUCGGCAGGCUCAGGAGAAUGCCACAUUGCUCUUCAACAUCCACCUACGAUCCACACUGUGUUCCCGGCGCAUGGCCGAGGAGUUCCGGCUUAGCGGAGAGGCUUUUGACUGGCUGCUUGGGGAGAUAGAGUCCAAGUUCAACCAAGCCAUUGCCCAUCCUGGAGAAAUGGUUGGAGCUUUGGCUGCACAAUCUCUUGGAGAGCCUGCCACUCAGAUGACCUUAAACACCUUCCACUAUGCUGGUGUGUCUGCCAAGAAUGUGACUCUGGGUGUGCCUCGACUCAAGGAGCUCAUCAACAUUUCCAAGAAGCCAAAGACUCCUUCACUCACUGUCUUCCUGCUGGGCCAGUCUGCUCGUGAUGCAGAGAGGGCCAAGGACAUUCUGUGUCGCCUGGAGCAUACAACAUUGAGGAAGGUGACUGCCAACACAGCCAUCUACUAUGACCCCAACCCCCAGAGCACUGUGGUGGCCGAGGAUCAGGAGUGGGUGAAUGUCUACUAUGAGAUGCCUGACUUUGAUGUGGCCCGAAUAUCUCCCUGGCUGUUGCGUGUAGAACUGGACCGGAAGCACAUGACUGACAGGAAGCUGACCAUGGAACAGAUUGCAGAAAAAAUUAAUGCUGGUUUUGGUGAUGACUUGAAUUGCAUCUUUAAUGAUGAUAAUGCAGAGAAGCUGGUCCUUCGUAUCCGCAUUAUGAACAGUGAUGAGAACAAGAUGCAAGAGGAAGAAGAGGUGGUGGACAAGAUGGAUGAUGAUGUUUUUUUGCGCUGCAUUGAGUCUAACAUGCUGACGGAUAUGACCUUGCAGGGCAUUGAGCAGAUUAGCAAGGUGUACAUGCACUUGCCCCAGACGGACAACAAGAAGAAGAUCAUCAUCACAGAGGAUGGAGAGUUCAAGGCCCUGCAGGAGUGGAUCCUAGAGACGGACGGUGUGAGCUUGAUGCGGGUGCUGAGUGAGAAGGACGUGGACCCUGUGCGCACCACAUCCAACGACAUUGUGGAGAUCUUCACGGUACUAGGCAUUGAGGCCGUGCGGAAAGCCCUGGAGCGGGAGCUGUACCAUGUCAUCUCCUUUGAUGGUUCUUAUGUCAAUUACCGGCACUUGGCUCUCCUGUGUGAUACCAUGACCUGUCGUGGCCACUUGAUGGCCAUCACUCGACAUGGAGUCAACCGCCAGGACACUGGACCGCUCAUGAAAUGCUCCUUCGAAGAAACGGUAGAUGUGCUUAUGGAAGCAGCUGCCCACGGAGAAAGCGACCCCAUGAAGGGAGUCUCUGAGAACAUCAUGCUGGGCCAGCUGGCCCCCGCUGGCACCGGCUGCUUCGACCUCCUGCUGGAUGCAGAGAAGUGCAAGUAUGGGAUGGAGAUCCCCACCAACAUCCCCGGCCUGGGGGCUGCUGGACCCACCGGCAUGUUCUUCGGCUCAGCACCCAGUCCCAUGGGAGGAAUCUCUCCUGCCAUGACACCCUGGAACCAAGGUGCAACUCCAGCCUAUGGUGCCUGGUCUCCUAGUGUUGGGAGUGGGAUGACUCCAGGCGCAGCUGGAUUCUCUCCCAGUGCUGCUUCAGAUGCCAGUGGCUUCAGCCCAGGUUACUCUCCCGCCUGGUCUCCUACACCAGGCUCCCCGGGCUCCCCAGGCCCCUCCAGCCCGUACAUCCCCUCACCAGGUGGUGCUAUGUCUCCCAGCUACUCACCUACUUCACCUGCAUAUGAGCCUCGCUCCCCUGGAGGCUAUACACCCCAGAGUCCUUCCUACUCCCCCACUUCGCCCUCCUACUCUCCGACUUCCCCAUCCUAUUCUCCAACCAGUCCCAACUAUAGCCCUACCUCACCCAGCUACUCGCCCACAUCACCCAGCUACUCGCCCACAUCACCCAGCUACUCACCCACAUCACCCAGCUACUCACCCACAUCACCAAGCUACUCACCCACAUCGCCAAGCUACUCGCCGACAUCGCCAAGCUACUCGCCAACUUCACCCAGCUACUCCCCGACUUCACCCAGCUACUCCCCAACAUCUCCCAGUUACUCGCCAACAUCACCCAGCUAUUCUCCCACAUCGCCCAGCUACUCACCGACAUCGCCGAGCUACUCACCGACUUCGCCGAGCUACUCACCGACUUCGCCGAGCUACUCACCUACCAGCCCUAACUACUCUCCAACCAGUCCCAAUUACACCCCAACAUCACCCAGCUACAGCCCAACGUCCCCCAGUUACUCACCUACUAGCCCUAACUAUACACCAACAAGCCCCAACUACAGCCCAACCUCUCCAAGCUACUCCCCAACUUCGCCCAGCUACUCCCCAACCUCACCAAGCUAUUCCCCUUCAAGCCCACGGUACACCCCACAGUCUCCAACAUACACCCCGAGCUCUCCCAGCUACAGCCCCAGCUCUCCCAGCUACAGCCCUACUUCACCCAAGUACACCCCUACCAGCCCUUCCUACAGCCCCAGCUCACCGGAGUACACCCCAACCUCCCCCAAGUACUCACCUACCAGCCCCAAAUAUUCACCUACUUCUCCCAAGUACUCGCCUACAAGCCCUACCUACUCACCCACCACCCCCAAGUACUCGCCAACAUCUCCCACUUACUCACCAACCUCUCCAGUCUACACCCCAACCUCCCCCAAGUACUCACCUACUAGCCCUACCUACUCCCCAACGUCCCCCAAGUACUCGCCCACCAGUCCCACCUAUUCACCCACUUCCCCCAAAGGAUCUACCUACUCUCCCACUUCUCCUGGCUACUCGCCCACCAGCCCCACCUACAGCCUCACCAGCCCAGCCAUCAGCCCAGAUGACAGUGAUGAGGAGAACUGAAGGUGAGGGAGGGCACUGCCAUACGAGCUCAGCUCCCGUGUACAUAACCCUUGUGGUAGUUCUCUGUUGAGGUUCUGGAUCCCGUUUUGGAUGGAGCUUUUUGUCUUGUUCUCUACUUGUGCUGUCUCUCUGACCAGCUGUGGGGUUCUUCCUGGUUCCUCCCUGAGCUGGCCCCACAUGGAAGGUCCUUUCUAGCCUGUUGCUUGGUUGGACUUAGAGGAUGUUUUAACUUCAUAGGGGUAGUUCUGCUCUGGAUCAUACGUCAGAUCUUUGGGAAGAACAAAGCUUAAGCUGCCUUUUCUCUGUUAUUUUUUGAAGUUUAAAUAAAGUUUACAAAUUUUGACCAAAA